UGCAAAUCCAACCAAUCGUUUAAUGGGACGCUAAAUCGCGUCUAUCUAACAGCCUGUUAACCAAUCAGAUGUGAAGACUUUUUUCAGUGCAAAAUUUGAAUCUACAAGCUAGGAGGAAACACUGCCGGAGUUGUUUAAUUUGAAAUCGCAGUCCACUGUACAACGACGUAGAUAUUUAGGCAGUUAUAUGUUAAUUCGAUGUGCUGGUAGUAGUCUAAAAGUUUAAGACUAAGGCGUUUGGUUUUUGAAACAUGAGGAAGAGUGAGGUGCAUGCAUCAGAAUCGGUGGCGUGCCUGAACAACGCAUUGAACCACUUGAAAGACAUAUGGGAGGAGAUAGGAAUUCCCGAGGACCAGCGCCUACAGAGGGUCGAGGCAGUUCAUAUGCACGUCAAAAAUCUUUUGGAUAUGAUGAUUUCUGAAGAGGAAGGACUGCGGACAAGGUUGCUGGCCAGCAUUGAGACAUGUCGUAAAGACCUGGACGUGUUGUGCAAGGAGCUGCACCUAAAACCUUUUCAAGAAGAGGGGGGCUAUACUAUGCUGCAGUUAGAGAAAGACAUGAGGACCUGUCUGAAGGCAAUGAUUCAAGAGAAGACCCAAAGAAUGAAGGACUUGAGGGAACUGAGAGAACGGGAUAAGGACCUGUGUGAUAUCUUGUGCACAAGCCUCUAUGCCAUUGAGAUGAACUCGGUUCCUUCCUCAGAAGAGUUGGAUGGAUACCGUGGUCACCUUGGUACACUUAGUGCUGAGAGGGACCGCCGGCAUGCAGAGUUUGUGGACAUUAAGAGGCUGAUCAUAUUUUGCAUGGAGGAGUUGGAGCAGGAGCCAGACACCAGCUUUGAGCGUGAUGUGGUGUGUGAGGAUGAGGAUGCCUUCUGCCUCUCAACUGACAACAUCGCUGCUCUGCAGUUGCUGCUCAGUCAGCUGGAGGGCCGCAAGGCUGAGAAUGAGGCCCUGUGCGCCUCCUACCGUGCACGCAUCCAGGAGCUGUGGGAGAGGCUGCAGAUCCCGGCUGAGGAGAGGGAUUGCCUCAGUGAGCACAUGACCGCAUGCAGGAAGAAGAACAGAGAAGCGUUAGCAACAGAGGUUCAGCGUCUGGAUGAGCUGAAAAUCCAAAACUUGCAGAACUUUGUUCAGUCUAUCCGUGAAGAAAUUGACCAAUACUGGAAUAUCUGCUUCUACAGUCAGGACCAGAGACAAGCCUUCACCCCAUACUACAGUGAGGACUUCACUGAGGAGCUUCUGGGUCUGCAUGAAGCAGAGAUGGAACACUUGAAAAAGUACCACGAGGAUCACAAGGAGUUGUUCACUGGAGUCCACCAGUGGCAACAGAACUGGACUUUGUUCCUGGAACUGGAGAAAAAGGCAACUGACCCGUCCAGAUUCAACAAUAGAGGGGGAAAUCUCCUCAAAGAGGAGAAACAGAGAGCAGAUCUGCAGAGGAGUCUGCCUAAGUUGGAGAAAAGCCUGAAGGCACAGAUUGACCAGUGGGAGCAAGCACAAGGGCAGUCCUUCCUGGUGAACGGGCAGAAGUUCCUGGAGUUUGUUCAGGAGCAGUGGGAGCUGUAUCACACCGAGAAGGAGCGGGAGAAGCAGGAGCGGCAAUUGAAGAAGAGCAAACAGAUUGAGGAGGAUAUGCUUUAUGGAACAACAAUGAGGACACCCACGAAAAGAAGAUUGGCAGGGACUCCCACACCAGGAAAAACACGCAAAAUGAACACUACAUCCAUCAUGUCCACGCCAAACACUACACUGCGCUCCACUUUCCAGUCUCCAGUCUUGAGACCACCUCUGUCUGCAAGCAGGGUUGGCCUUGGGCUGCGCACUCCAGGGCGUGGCAGGACUCCCCUUGGGCUGGAGAAGAACAAGGAGAACAUCUCUCAUCUCGGAGGCUCUCUGAGGACCGUGGCUGCGAGUCCACAGAAGAACUACAGCAUUAACUCGGUUGCCAGCACCUACUCUGAAUUUGCGAGGGAUUGUAUCAACCUUGAGUCUACCAUCAUAAGCGUGAACUCUCCAGUGCCUCAAAGUCAAACGGAAAGAAAGGAUCACUGAACUCUACCAUUACACACUGAUAGCUGAAGAGACUCCUCUCUGCUUGCCAUUUUAAUUAUCUAUAUGCCUUUGAAGGAAAAUGUAAGCUCUCUACAGGAUUCUGCUGAAUGUAAAUGUACUUUAAAAUCGUUAAUAUUGUGUGUGUACAGUAUUUUUCUUAGCACCUUUAUUCAGAACUCUACACUUACUUUUAUUUUUAAUCAGUUAAACUAUUGCUGAUCACCUCUGUCUGAACUUUAUCUGUUAUUUUAUUAUUAUUUUAGCAGUGUACACAGUACAGUGUAUGUUGUUUUAGGAUGGGGAAUUAUGCAGGUGGCUUUCUGCACAGUAUUCUGUAUAUUUGUGUAUUUUUGUGCUCCACCUGAAAUGUAAUGAUCUUUGAAGAUUCUCACUGUAUAAAUGACAUCAGCAGUAGCAGUGGCCCUGCUGUGAAGGCCAUAAAUCAACUCCAAAGGAA